AUGGCGUUGACGGCGUGUGCGGCCGAGGACACCCAGAGCGGUCGAAUGGACGGCGUCUCGCAGGGUGCAUCAUCGAGUCUCAACGGUAACGUUUUCGUCUGGAGUUUGCAGGUCCUCCAGACACUGAGCCAAUUGAUUGUUGAAAUGUAAGCGGUGAGGUGGCAAAAGCAGUUAAUCGGUACUCAGCUUACCUGGUGGUAGCUUGCCUUGUGGCUACCAGCGGAGCUUCCGACAAAGCCUCAUUUUGGGGAUGACGAAGUGGCGUAGGGGUAUGGGAGGAAGGGGAGAUGUGGGGAGGUGGGUGAGGGGAGGAACUAUGCAUGUGAUCGAAAGCAGAAUUCCUGGAUGUAGGCGUAAUACUCAACACCUGCUUUGGCCCGCCAGUCGAGGCGGCUUCCGGCGUGUAUCCGCAAGCAGAGUUCAGCUUCGUAGAACCACACUCGAGAGUGUGGUGCCAAUGAGUGGGUGAGCGACCUACUACGACCAUCAUCCGGACCCAUAUUUGGACACACAUUUACUUUUCGACAGUUCGACCAUUGUACCCGACGAUGUUCACAGUAUGCUUCACAUCAGGUUGAGAGCAGGCACCGUGACCUGCGCGUGUAUUAGUUUACAGUGAUGGUAGAUUUGCGCAGUAUCUACCGUAUUCUCCCCCUUUCCCCCUCCACCUGGACCUGGUAUCAAAAUAGAGUCAAGAACAUCGGAGGUUUGAGGGGACGCAGGUGGCUUUCAUGGCCGGACCCGCACCCAGGCGUACCACCACGUCCCUGGUCCACAACAAACACCUGACCAGGAGUUUACUCAACAACAACAACAACAACAACAACAACAACAAUGGGAGUGCAGCAGGAAUCCCAAAUGGCGCGACGUGAAACGGCAGUUGGGCCUGCCAUCACAACCCGAACGUUAGCAUUUUAAGAAUGCCAUAAAGACCACUUCAAGAAGCGGCCAUUGCAGCCUGGAUCUCCGAUUUGAGACAGACUGAGUUGCUGAUAGAAUCGAACAGCCGAGUUCCAGGAAGCAGAAAAUAACCAACUAGCCUUCCUCGACGUCCACGUCUUCCACAAAGAUUUUGGUGGUCUAAGAACUAAAGCUCUCAAGAAAUCGACUGAUACGACGCAAGUACUGAGCUUCGGCAACAACUACCCAAUCGGACACAAACGCAGCCACGUAAUGUCGGUAUACCGGAUCGUCGUGACCCACUGUAGUGAACCGAAGGACAAGGUUGCUGAACUACAAUGUAUUCGACGGGUGCUUAGAGCGAAUAGGUACCCGCGCAGCUUCGCCAGCCGCGGAGUGUGUAAACGCAAUGAGAUAGAAACUCCAAUCAGCCCCAAAUUUUGGCGAGUACGCCCAUACGUGAGGAACGUCUCGGAGGCAGUAAGCUGCCUCCUCACACCACUCAGAGUUGGAGUUGCACACAGACCUGGGGCAAUCAUUAGGCGGCAGAUAAUGAGGCCGAAAGAUCCACUGCCACGACAGGAAACGCCUGGAGUCAUUUACCAGUUGUGGACAGAGCAAAUACUUCGGAGAAAUUGGGAGACUAUAUCGAAAGCGAACGGUCGAGCAUUCAGCAGCGGAGAGAAGGAAUGACGUUAACUCCCAGAUGGCGGCUCAUUUGACGUAUCCGGUGACAUCUUCAAAUUUGAUGAGGCCGAAAUCCUCGCAGAAGUUGACAACGGCGUGUGCCGUGAGCUGCUUGAGUCAUGGUUCCCCGGUCCGCAUGCAUUAAGAAGCGCAAUGCACUUCCUUCUCCAUAUUCCUUUCUGAGAUUUUGCCUAGGAAAAAUUAUUAGCCACGCGGGGGUUGCGGAUGGCUAUCACUCAUUAUGACAGCGAUCCAAAUGACAGAGUGAUCUUUACGUCAAGAAUCUAAAACGGUUUUGACAUCACGGCCAUCAACGACUCGCAUACGGAAAAGCAAGUAAUCAUCGCAUCGACUACAACUCCCAGAGAUGAACACAGGUGCUACCACAUAUCAUGGGCGUGUCGGUGCCUGACAACCACGUUCUAUAAAUAGUGCGCACCUUCUACCCUUUUUUCGACUGCUUCUGAUGAUGAGUUCGAUUGAGAAUCUGGAACGUCAUGCCAAUACACUCCUUGUCCCAGCGAUUGUAUCUUCUUCUUUCCCUUCUGAACAGACUGAGUUAUCUCGACAAUUGACAAUCUUUUGAGCCACAACUAAUCGCGCUUCUUGAUAGAUUAAAGAGGAGUGAGCCGAUUCACAUUUUGGAUGGAUUUAUUGGUGCCGCCGAACCAUGAGACCAUCCGAGCCUUUCGAAAAAAGGGCGAUGAGAUUGGAAGCAAUGUCGGACAGUGUUACGCACCCAGUCUGCGUGUGCCGCACACGUCUGGUUCCUAAUUUAUACAUCAGGCUAGACUAAUUGAUCCGUAUCCCACUUUGAUGAUGUGUGUAUGUGCUUAUAUGCAACGUUUCUCCUGUUGGAUCGACGCUUGCAAAGGGAAUAGAUGACUUGUUGCUCGAGUGAAGUAUGAUGCGUUUCUGAGAGGUGUCACACACGCUUACGCCGCUUACAGAGCGCACGACGCCCUCUGCGUACGUCUGUGAUGUAGGUCCCCGUCCACGACACCCCGUACGUCUUUCAAUGAUGGUUAGUUGAAAAUACAUGCAUCGAUGGCAAACAGAAGGUUUCCUGUUCAUUUUCCCCGUCAAAUACAGCACAUCCGGUUGCGGACACACUUCGGUCUCCCUGCCUGACGGAGAAAGGACAUUUUGAUAGUGUUGUGGCUUCUGUUCAUUUCAUUUGCGGGUAGUCGGAUGAACAUUUUCGUAAAUGGAGACGUAGAGUAAAUAUUCCAGAACAAUGUCCCAAAGAUGCGUUAUUUCCUCCACUUUGCUAUUCUGCUCCCAUCUGCUUCAUGGGUGGCUUUUCAGUUUUACAAGAGAAAAUGUUACAUUAUGUUAUUACCGACGAAGACAAGGGAGGCUGGAAUGGCCAUUUCUGGUUUAUUAGUCGUCGUCAGCCGGUCACACCCUAUCCCGAAGGGUGGAACACCUGGGGUUCGAACUCACCACCCGUUAGUUGGAAGUCCAACGCCCCUAACCACUGGGCCACGGGUCCGUUGUCCUGUCGGGUUUGAUCAGGAAUACACAAUGGUAGAGGAACGCUCACCGAUCGUUCUUACAAAACUCACUCGGUCCGUUGUGCCUUACGGAAUCUCCCUCGAUCCCAACCAGCACACUUCGGGAUUGCGUAUGACUGGCUGACGACGGCUAAUAAGCCAGAAAUGGCCAUUCCAGUCUCCCUUGUCUUUGUCGGUAAAAACAUACUGCCUAUAUCAUGCGCCGCUGUGCCGCUGCUAGUUGGGCUCGAGAGAGCCCGUAAGGUGCAAGGGAACGAGUGAGAUCCGUAAGAAAGAUCGGUGAGCGCCCCCUACCAAAAUACUACAUGCCAUUGAAAAAGGUAAAUAAACUAAAUUGAGACAUCCAAAGGCACGGAUAAACUACCUUGUGUCUUGUCUUAACCUUAACCAAAAAACCAACGAAACCGCAUUUCAAUCAAGAAAUUCCCUACAUGUCAUCGCAUACCGAGUUUGCACACUUCAGAUCUUAAAGGUUAUUAUGAUUCCCAUCUCAGGCACUCAGUGACCAUUGUCCACAGAACUUUUAGCUACGAUUCCAUCCUCGUUAAAGUUACCGUUGAAGGACGUAAAAUUGGCUGACAGCCCUUGCUUUGUCUUAGUUUUAAUGACCUUUUAGCAAUGGAGGUCGAUUUUCGUUUGCGUAUUUUGGGUCGCUCUUCAGACUAGAGCGCGGUCGCUAUUUAGGCUGCUGACUCGGUAGGCCAGGUCGCGAUUAGUAGUACAGUUAUACGGAAUUUCAGCUCCUUGUGUAAUUUUUCUGGUACUCAUAUGGAUCUAAAAGGCCACUUAUACUAAAGUACAUCUUUACCCGAUCCAUUGGACUAGAUGGGGUCUGUUAUAUUAAUGCAUUUCCUUCCUGACAAGAAUUUGGACAAUACCAAGGUAACAAAAAGGCAUAGCUUAAUGAUAUAAUCGCUGGUAAUGUGAAUUUCUAGGAGUGAAUGCUGUUUGCCACGAUACACUAUAUACUGUCUUAUGUCUUCUCGAACUGUCUGCUGGGAUCUCUGCCGUUUUGUCCGACCGUGCAAAUGUUUUUCCCCUGAGGCACUUCUGAUUAGGUGCUAAAGUGCUGUCCUCACAGUGCAAAUGUAAAUAUGCCAAAAAUGACUUGAAAUUAUUAACAUGCACGUUGGUCAUCUGAAGUAUAGAAACAUGCACUCAGUUAAGUGAAAUCCUUUAUCACAAUGACCAGAUUGCGGUCUGGUCAAGUAAAAGCAUUUGUCCAUAGAUUGUAAGUGAAUUUCAUUUUGGAAAUUCGAUGUACAACGAACUCGGGUGAAGGUCGACAGAAAAAAACAGCAAUCAGCUUCGCUUACCCGCAUGUUGUCUGAGGCAUAGCAGCUUUUAAAAAUUGCUCUGCAGAUGAGAAGAAAGUAGAGCGAAAGGAGUAACACGUCUAAAAGUCUCUGAGUCACAGGGAAGAACGGUAAAUGUUCUCAAUCGCAAUACAAGAGCAGCAUCCAGAGCAUCACUAUCCGUCUUUAUUCCCCAAUGUCCUUUAUACUUACUUAAAGAUUAUUUUGGAGAAGAAGGAAGGACUGCAGAAGCGAAUAAGGCCUCGACCCCAGAGGAGGACGGCUCCAUUUUGAAAAGGCGCUCAGACCUCGCCCAGUCCCCAUGCCCCCUUGGGAACCGCCAGCGAAUCCAGGGGGGCGUGGGACGAGGGCAGUUUGGGGCAUAAAUCCCUUAACCAAAAAUGAAUGCGCAGUUAGACUGGCGAUCAAAUCAUGAAGGAAAAUUUAUGUCCCGCAAGCAACGCAAAACUGGAGACCAUUUAUCACGCCCUAUGAAUACCCCCACAGGUGGUAAACUAAAUGCAAAGCUCGAAUGAAUACUUACGGUCGAAUUCGAUGUUUUCGACGUCCACGUGCUAAUUGCCUGUUCUGAGACCGGCAUGGGACAAAGCUGCAAAGAUGACAAAAGCGCCCUGGAGGGUGCGUCAGUGGUGCGCCGGCCAAAACCACCUUGCCGGCUACGCGGUGCAUCUGCUUUGGAGCUGGAAUUCACAUCUGGCCUUGAAUGACCAGAGCUGGUCCGCACGGCUAUGAGGAUGGAGGCAGGGUGUGCGUAGGCUGUUCGCAAGAAAUGAAUGUUGAUUUUUGUGUUUCUUUUCUCUUGACAAUUGUAGAACCCUUCAACUGCAGGGGAUCCAACGUUCAGGGACCUAUUUCAUGCAAAAUGAGGGAAUUUGAAGUUUCCCGCUGGUGGACUACUGGAGAAGUUACUCGACUGGACCAGUAGGAGGUCAAAUGGGAUGUUGGUAACAACUAGAUUGCUGCCAUAAAGUAGGAUUAGCAAGGCGGUGCGCUAUGUAUGAGGAAAAAUUAGACCAUUCGAUCAUUCGAAAUGGCUACUUCCCCAGCUCUUAUUUGAUUAAUGGGCAUACAACUAGCGCAACAAUGAGCCCUAGGCGUGGAUGUGUCAGGAACAAUUAACCCAUUUUCUGUCUCAAAUACCACAACAAGUCUUUCAACCGUCCCUUGGCUAUUCGAAUUACUAUGACUUGGUUCUUUCUGACGGUCGUGGAAAUGGGCGGUUCCUUAUAUCUCAUAAGUCCAGCAAAAGGAAAAGGGGCAACUUUUUAUGCAAAAAUGGGCGUAUUAAGGUGACUUAAGAGGUGCCUGUCUUAGUCACGCGUGAGCCCCGUUCACUGAUCUGGCUUGACGGCAGGACGGAACGCCCUCAUUCAUCAGGCACUUAAACCAAAUCAGUAAAGACCAUCAACACAAUUUCAAAUGGUCGCGUGAGCAGCCGCUUGGGCGUGAGUACAUGUAUGUUUUAAAGAUAAGCGAUAUGAUCAGUUGGACUCAAGUCUAAGCCUCAGAUCUUACCAGUCUGCGACUUUGACAGGGCUGGCUUGUGAUGGCAAAUAAGCCAGCAAUGAACCAUCCCCGUCCCCAUCGUCAUUUCUGAUAAAACUUUUUCACAACAAUUUGUGAUUUUAAUCUUGAUAGUUCUUAACCAGUUUGGGUGAGACCCUGAGCGCUUCGAGAUCAGUUAAUUUCAAGUUUGGAGUUUACGGACGGCUUUCGAGUACGAAACCUUUGGCCAUUCCCUGAAGCCACAAUUCCGAUAUUUGACCGACGAAUCCAUUUCAAACCCACUUGGAAACUGCAUAGGAGUAGUUCCUCUUGUUAUGAUGCUGUUUACGAGGCCUUAAACUCGUGUGUCUCUUCUGGUUAAAAGUAUAGAACACAUAGUGUCGGUGACUAUAUAUAGGCCUGGUACCUUUCGCAAGCUUGCCUAACUCGGCGGAUAGAUGACUCCGGAUCAGGAUUUAGAAAUUCUAGUAUUUAAAACAAGCAUUUCACCAGGCCAAAUGUCCAGGUGACUCUCAGCGAUACAACAGACCGCGGUGGUAAUCCAGACCACAAAAUCUUGUGAUUGCGACAUCCGCGAGUUUUGUCCUUUGCCAGUUUAUUUCCAUUAUCGUACUUGUUUUCCACAGCUUUUUCAGGCGCCCACCGAUGAUGUUUUCUAGCAUCUGAUGGGACCCCGACGGGUCUUUAAUAAAAAAUUAUAUUCCUUAACAGGGCAUAUCAUGGCUUCGCUGAUUUAUUUCUUCUUAAUCAUCUGAAUCACUGACUGAAUUGUCGCAGCUGCUUAUAUGAUAUUAAUAUUGUCGAUCAUCAGGAUGAAGAGUGCUUCAUUUUCUGUUUUUGAAAAUGACGUCUAUGGUGUGGGACUCGUCCGUGUAGAGGAAAUUUGCCGAUGGAUCAAAUGUGCCCUAUGUCUGGUACUCAACCCCACUGAUAAUUGUUACGACAGCUGUUAUGAAGUCAUGCAUACUGGGCUACGAUUACAAUAAUGAAGGCACAACGGCUCACAUGUUUUACAGUUAACCGUUGAGAAAAAGUGCAUGAAGAAUGUUAGCAUACCGUCGGUUCGAUUUAUUUUCGUCCAGUUUGCCUAAAUUCUAUGCCAUUGUAGCCCUGCUUGCAUUAAAAACUUGUAUUGCAUCAUAAAAAACUCGUUCCAUCAAAAGACUGAUAGGUCGUCUCAACAGCUGACUGAUCUUCUCAUAUCUUAACUAUAUUUCUGCAGACGCGGAUAACAGUUUCGAACUGGUACCCGAGUUAUCUUUCAAGUACUCGGGGCGAUCUUCUGUCUACUCAACUAGGUUUUAAUCGGCGACAUCUCGGUAGUUUGAUUCUAGGCGCUUGUCUAGGCGCCUGUGCUGGGCAUGCGUUAAAAUCUAUCAGUGGACGAAUGAAUCUCAAUGACUGCCUGAUUUUAGCGUUUUGGUUUCAAAUAUAUUUCGAAUAGUGACGCAUAUGCGAGGUCCAGGAAAUUACAUGGAUGAGGGGGAGAUGAGUGCGCUAGUGGUAAGAAAGGAAUGAAGAUUGUAAUGACAUACAGUCUGGAGAAAAGUAUUUGCCAAUUACAUAUACACCUAAAAGACACACUUCUAAUGGGUAUAUGUGCACCUUUUUCCGUAUGAAUGUGCCUCCAGUAUGAGGCGACAAAACCAGCAAAGUGACGAGAAAUUGAUUAACUUCGGUUUGAUGAAGUGCCUAUGACUCACCAGAUAGAACAUGUCUGCAAACCAUCUGUUCUGUGUGCUCGUGUAUUUGUGUUUCCAGCCCCAGAUGGUGGUUAGGGCUACGAUCAACUGAGUCAAGAUAGAAUAAUCCUGAAAUAGCCCUAGCCAACAUUACUUGCAUCUAGGCCGCUAUUCCCUCUGCUGUCUGCGCUAUUUGCGCACGUUGGUGGAGUAACAAUUUUCCUGCAAAUUGACGUCAUUUGCAUUGAGCUUUCGUUUCCCUUCCUGUUUUGCUGCUAUCUUAUGAAACCUAUUUUUAUGAGAGAAAAUGUGUUCAAGUCACAGCAUGCCAAUAGUUGCAGUAAGCACUUUCUUAGCCGAAAGGAACAGAUAUUCAGUUAUUUAUUAGGUUUCGAACGGUAAAAAACCUACCUUGACUAUACACAGCAAAUUUAUGUGAUUGGCAGAGAAGGCUGGUGAAUUAGAUGAUGUGCUUCGAACAGAAUAAGCUAUUACUGGAGCUGUCACAAUUGCGAGAUUUUGUGAUUUGGAUUACCACCGCGGUCUGCUGAUCUCCUGAGAAUCGCUUCAACAUUUGGCCUGGUGAAAUGCUUGUUUUAAAUAAUAAAUUGUCGAGGUUUGGUCCUCCGGCCCCACUUGAUUGAAACGGUAUGGUUAGCUUCCUAAAUCAAUUUUAGUAGUUUCGAUUACGGUGGCUUUACACACAUCACGCGUUCGCGCCUUCCUUACGACUUUAAUCCAGCGAGUGUCUGUGCUUAGGGGGCGGGAGUACUUAUACACCAACCUCGGUUACAUCACACACGCUUCCUUGAGCGUGCUUUGAGCCCUGCUCGCGCCCUCUUUAUUAUCUUAAUCCAGCGAGUGGCUAAGUAGAUUUGCUAAUGGCGCUGUUCGGAUGGAUUGGAACUCCGUCGGUUCCACUAUAGUGGCCAUAUACUGCGAAUUGACGCGCGGUUCCCCACGAUGGCUUUCCAAUUGUGAUUGCACUGUCCUUAUCCUCUUACUUCAUCGAGUGGCUGUGUCGUGGGGAGUGUCACACCACUUUCAGUUACGCCAAGCCUCUCUUCACGCGCGCUUCCCUGCACGUGUUUCGAGCUCUGCUUGCUUCCUCUUCCCUCUCCUAAUCCAGCGAGUGGUUAAGACUGGUAUAUUAAAUAAAAUUGUUUUAGGAGGCUGCAGGACCAAACCUCAUCACUAAAAUUUCCAAAUCAUGAUCCUGGGCCAUCUAUCCGUCGAGUUAGGUAACCUUGUGAAAACUACAAGGCUAGAAACUUUUAACUGACGUGGUGUCGCUUUUCAACUUUAUUUCGCAGCGUUUAAAACUGUGCAGGUCUUUUUGAAUGAACUUUGCACUGUAUGUUAGACACUUAGUGAUGUCCUCAAACACUUCUUGAAGACUUCUGUCACUUGUAGGGGGCGCUCACCGAUCGUUCUUACCGAUCUCACUCGUUCCGUUGUGCCUUACGGGCUCUCUCUCGAGCCCAACCAGCAGCCGCACAGCGGCGCAUGAUACAAGCAGUAUGUUUUUACCGUCAAAGACAAGGGAGACUGGAAUGGCCAUUUCUGGCUUAUUAGCCGUCGUCCGCCAGUCAUACCCAACCCCGAAGUGUGGAACACCCGAGGCUCGAACAUUGUUAGAAGUCCACGCCUUUAACCACUGGGCCACGAGCCCCUUGCCCUGUCGGUUUUCGAUCGGGAAUAUACAAUGGUAAUGCCAUGUCGGUAAUGCCAUUCUGCCUAUAUCAUGCGUCGCUGCUGGUUGGGCUCGAGAGAGAGCCCGCAAGGCACAACGGAACGAGUGAGUCCCGUAUGAACGAUCGGUGAGCGUCCCUCUACCAUUGUAUAUUUCUGAUCGAAGACCGACAGGGCAACGGGCUCGUGGCCCAGUGGUUAGAGGAGGGUACCUCUAACUAACAGGUCGCGAGUUCGAGCUUCGGGUGUUUCACACUUCGGGGUUGGAUAUGACUGGCUGACGACGGCCAAUAAACCAGAAAUGGCCAUUCCAGUCUCCCUUGUCUUUGUCGGUAAUGCCAUUCUUCUUCUGUCGCUUUCCAUGAAACUGUUUAUUAAUAAACUCACGGUCCUCCAAUGGGAUCUCCGCUGUUCAAUCCCAUUGAUAAACAACACCUUAGCGACAAGAAACACUGGAAUUUGCCUAUUGUAUCAGAAGUGUGAAUUCAGUAUAACGAUGACCCGUUUGUGACCAUCAAGCAAGAAAUGAUCGGAGACUUCAUGCGCCACGAGAAUCCACCCAUUCAAAGUAUCCAAGUAACGAUGAACUAUAGAAAGAACAAUCAUUUAUUGAUCCUAGAGGCAUUAGUUUGCCCAGAAGUCAGUAGAGAAUGGAAGCGACCGGUACUCCACAUAUUUUAACAUCCUAUGGUAACCAUCGGAUUUCCUACGAACGUGACUGUAUUAAAACGUUCUACUGGAAUGCUGAAACGCAAUCGAACAAAGCUUGACGAUAAAGGAACCGAAGUCCUACAUUUUCGAAGGUCCUCCCAAUCCAACAGAUAUCUCGAAUGCUUCAGUAAGAACUGCCAGCUAGAAGAUAACAGAAGAAACACGAGAACGAGACCCUGGUUGGCGCACCCGAAAAAUUCGACGGACCAUUGCUCAAGCCAUGGAGUUUAUUUGGACACAUGCUUAAAUCUACCGUUCGCGAACGAUUUUUGCACCCAUGGGAUUCGUUACUGAUAUUACCUACAGUAUUAUUCGCUCACUACGAUAAAGUCAAUCAGUCCAGGAAAACCAUGGGAAAGAGUAGGCGGGGAUGUAUUAGUUGGAGCCUGCUGUCAGGCGAACGACCGAGCUGUUCCUGGUGGAGUGCCCUCAGGAUGCGACUUCGGUUCGGAUCGCUUGGCGUUCUUAGCCCAAUCGGAUAAACAGAUUCCACACCAAUUACAGAAAGAGUGGCAUUUAAACGAUGGUCCACUCAAUAAAUACGUGGCUUGUCACCCGCUCAACAAGCACUGCAAGAAAGGUAAAUGGUGUUAUUAAUACUCGCGCCGAGAGAAGAUGGCUAGGAACACAAAUGAACUUUUAGGUGCCAUUGAGGAUGGGCUUUAGGAAUGCCCGAUACAUUGGCAGAAGUGAUGAACUCACACAUUUCCACAAUCAUAUAUAUUCGCUUUCGAGUCGAGAUAGUAUGCAUUCGAAGCUGCCAUAAAGAAAAAGAAAAGGUUCAUCGGAGGAAUCGAAUUGUUUGCGUAUUUUCGAACUAGUUGCCCUAAACAGUAGUCGGACGAAGCGUCUAAGAAUGAGGUAACAUAACAUACAGUAGCUUGGGGUCAUAUAAGCUGCAGCAACAGACCAUGCUACCGAAAGACGGGUGAUCACAGCGUUACUGUAGGUGUUGGAAGGGUAAUUUAUGUUUGCGGCCCUCGGAUAACGGAGAUAUCGGACUAGUGGAGCUGCAGACGGUCGGUUAUGAAUCAGCGAUCGUUGGCUUGGGGGUAAGGAGGAGGAGGUUCUGUAAAUCAUGUACGCAGACCUUCGUGGCGCGCGUCCAAGUCUACAGGGUGGUUAAUAUUGGUUCGAGGAGUUCUCAGGCUUGUUCACUGUUGGAGAUGGUGACCAUUUCAGUAUAGUCCACAUUGAAUAGGUGGUCACCGUUGAGUUCGAAGCCAAAAGCCAGCAUCUGUUCAUUGGUGCGGAUGAUCAGACCUCGAGCCGUAUGACCAGCGUACACGCAUUCGUUCAACUUCGGUGUUCUUUACGGUGGCAAAUGCGCCAUCCACGUAGUGAGACCACAUUUUGGGUUUGAGAGUCAUGUCGCAGUACAGUUGCUGUAACAGUUGAAAAAGGUGCGAAACCGUCAUCAUGGAUAAGAUUGAUUACUUUAAGGUAGUAGACAGAAUCAUCGAUUAAAGGGGAAACCACAACACACCACCGAAGACUCCACAACAACAUAAGCUUCAGCUGUUUGGAAAAUGGAAAGUGCACUCGUUGAGUUGAAAUCCAUAAGUUUUGCUGAUUCUAUGCGUAGUAACAUCAGUUGUCGCUGUGUCACACAUGGUAAUGAAGUCAGGUUGGCGAAGUUGAGAGAACCGGGUUGAUAAUUUGCCCGGAAGCUACAAUUUUAGGCUGGGAAACUCGAAGGCAGAACGCAUAACAUUUGAGGCGUGGUGCUCGAAUGCCAACGCCAUCAAUAGACAUCUGGUCCUUCCUUCAUAAUUGCGUUCACAAAGCUCUCGCCAGACGACCAUACAGAACUUAAUAGGGUCGCGCUGACAGCCUGACGCGGAGCGCACUCGACGAAGAAGAAGUAGAAGAUCUGCUAGACCGACCAACCCCGACAGUGGCUCAACCACCCCCCCCCCUCCCCAGACGAGUUGAUGACGCACGGCGCACGCAGCCAAAGAGCCCACCAAACAUCCCCCGAAAGGCCAAGGCAGUGAGAGAAACGAAAAUAACCAUCAGCACGAGGCCGACUAGCGCGGCAUGUUACUUCUGUUCCUGUUCUAUUGGGUGCAUUUUACGCUUUGACGGUAGUGAGCCGACCAGGCUCUCCGAAACGUCAACAUUCCAAUAACUCUGUUCCGGAAAGCCCUUCUUACUUCUCAAAUGCCUAUGAACAGCCAGAAAGCAAUAAAUUCUUCUGAUUGAGCAUCACAUAGGCCAUAAUCAGCGUCAUAGGCUAGAACCACCGACUGGUUCCGCGCGAGAUAAUGGGAGGACAGGUAGAGUAUAUAGACCCCAUCAGUGGAGGGCUGUUUUGGCGGAGUUAGCCUCCCGGAUUUCUCAUGCGCUUGGUCCUCACACAAUUUGCAGUGGCACUUCACAGUGCCCAGACUUGUCAUUUGCAGGGUUCAUAACGUGUGCACCGUAAAGUCGACUGGCAAGUUGACAAAUGUUGAUCCAGCGCUGGGGGCUUACCGUCAUUAAGAAAAUAACAGUCUUGUAUCAUUACAAUGGUAACUUUCUUCUUGAGGCUUGUAGUCCUUCAUUGGCAGCGGUCAUUGUUCACAGGCAGUCUAUAUCGCAGAUAUUUCGCCAAGAAAUCCUUAUGCAAAUUUAAUUUCACAAACACGUGUUUUCGGUAACUCAUCAUCGGACCAAUACAGUUACAUAAAGAUUGAAAAUAUGAGAAGUUCACAAGGUUUAUAAGUGACUCAGGGACUAUUAACACUCAUCGUUACCUCGCCACACGCAUGACGCGGUGUUAUGAUCAUUGGGACAAGAGAGGAAUGACAAGUUGUGAGCGAUGCUUGUAAGUCGGGUACGUGGGGUACACAUCACUGUCAUCAGGGGGUUAGGGCGGCAUGUGAUAACCAUCCGGGGUCGGCGUUGGCCACGGGAGACGGAGCGCCUGUGUAAACGUCUCCUGACAACAUAGCACCGGAUUCGGUAGCCGCAUAGACCCUGCCUCGGCUGUGUGUGCUGGUGUCUGGUAGCCAACUGAAGCUUAUUUGACAUCGAUUCAGUGAUUCGUGUCGACAAGAUGUGCGAGAAUAGAACUCGAGAUCGAUUCGUUUUCAGCUCUGCCCAGCCAGACUGGCAUGUGUUCUCGUAUCCUCUUUUACAGGCGUCUCGUCAUACGCCCAAUGUAUCCUGCUCUACAGGAUACACGUACUGACCGAAGAAGUCAAGGUUAUUAAAAGUAUCUUGCCACCAUGUCUUCUCGACUUUGCCCUAUGAAGCCUCUAAUGCGGGAACUUAAGCCGAGGGUAGGUGGAUGGCUCUCGUACUGCAAAGGUCUGGGGUCUGAGCGGGAGGCUGUGCGACAGACCAUGAACCUACAUCCUGCCAAUCAGGCGCUGUUCACACGGCUCGGAUGAGUUCAGACAGGGUAGAUAGGACAGUCGAACGAAGUCACGCGGGUCAGCAUCUGAUGUCCACCUAGAAGAGGAGUAAGCUAGCCGGAGGUUAGGUGACCAGCGUGGCGUAUCGCUUAACCGACGCGCCCAGGAGGCCCAAAACAAUUUGCACGAUCAGCAACAACUGAUCAGUCCGCCGGAUGAAGAGAGGGAGGUCAGCUACCGAGACCCAUUAUCCUUUGUGAUACAGUGCCUAAAGCUUCGACGAAAGAGAUAAACAUCGGCCACCCUCGGCCAUUCUGCCACCCACCGAGAGGAUUCUUUCUUAUGUUGACUGCAAUACUUCUAUCUCUAGAGUCCCUUCGGAAUCAUAGUUCAACCAAUGUAAUGGACAGAGCAUCGUCAUUCAAGGUCCACUGCACGCACAUCUAUAUAAACUGGUCUGCCUGCACCGUGCAGAGCAAUUCUGGUCUCUGGUCUUCAAAGCGGAAAUGGUGAUAUGUGAUUGCUCUUGCCAAUAAUGGGUACUUUGCAUUGAAGAGAGACAAAAUCCAACAUGUGCAAGAAAGAGGCUUAUUUCCUUGCAAAAUGACGGCUUAGUUCUAACGAUUUGAGAGAAAGAACACAGCCCAGGGUCUUCUCUGUUUCUCACCGAUACACUUUUCUGCCAUGUGGUCACAAGUAAAAAUGAUAAGUGAUCGCAGCCAUCUCACCAAGGGGUGCAAAUCGACGCAUAUGUAGUUCCAUAGGAUGUUUUUUCAAGUUAGAUUUAUGACAAUCGAAUACACACACAACUUUAUUUGACUGGCAACAAAAUUAGGCUUGGAACCUGCAAAAUCGACAUGUUCAGAAUGAGUUUCGCGGGACUGAUCAACAGGGGACUGCGUCGGGAAUUAGCAUGCAAACCGGAGUCCCCCACACCAGUAACCCUGUUUGCCCUCCCUGACGACGCUAAAACCAUUCAUAGGACACUCUAAAACUGCUACAGUCUGAUCGGCCAGAGUUUCAUGGAUACCUCCUGUGUGCGUUACAGUGGGCUAAAAGUUACUUGUAAUGGGUAGACCUGCUUUUUAGGGAUACAUACAUUAGUUGGAACGCACCUUCUCUGGAAACGACCACUAGCAGAGUGCAUUCAGUAAUAUUUACCCGCGUGAAUCUGUCUGCAGUUAGGUGGCUGAUGUGGAAUUAGCGUCGGUCCAUUGUCGCGAACUUGAAAUAUAAUUCAGGAAACUAGACUGUUUAGUGCCGUAUCAGAAAACUACCGCCAACGGUUUUUAUAUACUACUGAGGUUUCCGGAUCAGUCUUUGAUUAACCCCAUGGGAACGAACUUUGAUCUUCAGCAUAGAAGUACAGAUGAAAGUGGAAGUUGAGUAGGAUAUAUUUGUCUUAAAUACUGAACGAUUAACAAUACUGGCAGCGCCGGUACUAGUUAAAAGUCCAGAUGCGCGCGUUCCGUUAGAAGACUCGCUGAUGAGUCGAAGCCUUCGCAGCUGCAUAAUGCAACGACACAAAGUCGUCAAAAAACGCGUCUGGGCUUUUUGCUAAUACAUGUACUGUCAGUAUAGUAAAUCCCUCACUGUUUGCAUACUACUGAUUGUCUGUUGGCAGUUUGUAAAUAAUGCGCAGUUAUUCCGCAGUAGCUGAUAGAUUAAAGCUCAAAUAUUCCUAUCAAAAUUCUGACUGGACUUGAAAAUCUUUGUCUCGAAGAGUUUACUUCGUGGUCGCGUAUUGAAAGACAGAAAUUAGUCAGUUGGAAUUUUAGGUUGUCGCUACAAACACUGCCAUAUGAAAAAUAUUUCUGCCUAUUUGACUAUGCUUUUCACUGUAGUGAAUCUACCUCAGAAAUGUCGUAUGGAGAGAUCUACCUAAAACGCAAAGAACCGCGAUUUCAUCAAAUUUCCGGCUAUUUAAGAUGCUGCUUAGUUGGAUAAGUAAAGGUAAGAAGGUUCCACUGGCAGAGGUCCUCAGAAAUAGAUUCCGAAUUUGUGCACUUGAAUCGGAAAGCUGUGUUACAAUCUUGCACAAGAAUUGCGACAAAGAUAUCAAGGAUUAGGUCAUCAUACUCUAUGAUCUUCUCUUUUAUGAAUGCAAUCGCAUAGGGAUUUAGUUUAAAUGGAACAGGUACAAAUCAUACAUCAUUCUCCUGCUUUAAAACAGCAGUCUGUGCUUCAGUAAGAUCUUGCUCAGGAGUGAUAUGCUGCCUGUGUUGGACAAACAUGUAAUAUUUUUUAGUCUUUAGACUACUGUUAAGGUGUGCGAGCAAUUAAGUAUCCUUUCGGGUCAGUCAAGUCAUUCAAAUUUGCUCAAAUUUGGCCUUGGGAAGUGUUACAGUUUUUCGCGUAAUCUUUCCAGUGGACAUAAAUUGCUUGAAUUCAAAUGGUCAACUGCCUUGUGGUAAUUAGGAUGUGCCCCCACUCCAGGCGGCGCACACGUCGAGACGCCUUGUAGACAUCAUUAAUUAGAAAAACGAAGACGCAUGGAAAUAGCGGGUACUUGGUUCUGGGGUGCCCAGCUGUGGGCCCACGUGGUGGCCGUAGUAGGUCGCUCAAUAGCAAGUGUUGACUACGCCUGGCGUCCAUUAACUGGCACCCAACCCUCGCACGUGGCUCCUCGAAGCUAGGUUCUGCCUAGCGGCCACACCUUGGUAACCGCCUCGACCGGCGGGCUAAACCUCGUGGGGCAUCCGUGUGUGUACUCUCUCACACGGCAACUCCGCUCGUCUCCCCUUCCUCUCUUCCCUCCUCCACAGCUUUCUUCCUCCGCCUUUUCCUCCCCCCUCUUCCCCCUCCCCCCCUUCUAUAAACCCUCUUCCCCCUUCCCCCUUCCUCCUUCCCUCUUCCCCUCCCGCUUCUCCCUUCUUCUCCCAUUUCUUCCACCCCCUCUCCUCCACCAUUCCCCUUGCCCUAUACUCUCUCCCUCCAAAGUUCGAAAAGUCCUAUGGCGGGGGCGACAUGCAAUCCCGUAGGCCGCCCAGGCUAAUUCUGGUCGUCCUCCCAAUAGACAAAGUCGUGGCUUAUAGGGGAGUCCGGCAGCCGUCUGGGAUGUCCAAAUAGCCCUAUUUAAGGACAGCACUGCUCACCUCCUCGGCGAGGAAGGGACUAGAAAAGGUGUCCCAAACAAAUGCUGGGACCACGUCUUCUAUAUGCUGAGCGUGGCUUGCAGAUGUGAAAAAGCGGUCAAGAAACAACGACGAACCACAAGCAAAACCUCUAUCUUCCCCUCCUCUUCCGCCGCCACACCCUGCAGGCUGCUGAGGUGAAGUCACUCAAUCUGACAAAAGAGAAUGUUCGUUCCCUUUUAAACAGUCCGAGGAGCAACCAACCGAAACGAAGGACGGCUCCAGUCGAACGGGAACGGGCGUGCUACAAGGUGGACAUUGCUGAACUCAGCGAGGGCUGGUUCUCCGAACAAGGCCAAAUGGAAGAUGGGGGUGCCGGCUACAUCGUCUGUAGCGGUCAUCCCAAGGCGGAGCGACGGGAUGUGGUAGUCGCCUUUGUCAUUCGGAACGACAUCGUGGGAGGACUGCCCCGUGUGCCACGGGGAGGCAAAUUCGCCAAACCAAUGACCGUUUCAGAUGAGGCAAAAACCGAGUUCUACGAAGACCUGCAAGCGCUCGUGGCGACUAUGCCGAAGGCGUAUAAGUUGAUUGUCCUUAAUGACUUCAGCGUCCGCAUCGGCACAGACCAUGCUUCCUGGGGAGGACUGCUGUGUCCCUAUGAUCUCGCCGGCUGCAAAGACAAUGGUCUCCUUCUUCAGCGAGCUUGCGCCAAAUACCGCCUCCUUCUGACCAACACCCUAUUCCACUGA